AUGGAGGCCUUCUUGUCCAAGGUCACCCAGCAGGCGAUGAACUAUGCCAUCCGCUCAGGGAUCACAAUCACAGCCAGUUAUGUCAUCCGGCAGUCAUCGCGAUUACUCAAGGUCAUAUCUCCUGCGAUUGACAUGAUAGAGUUGAUAUAUGACAUCCAGUCCCUGGCACGGCGGUUGGACAAGGCAGCUACCACGGAAGAGCUAGCCAGAAAAGGCGCCAUCUCAGCCAAAGCCCGAGCGCAAAAUGAUGAAGAAAUCAAACGCAUUAUUCAGGACAUCAAGAAUGUUCUGGAUCGAAUCGAGGAUGCUGUCCCGCUAAUGAACUUAGCAAUUACAACGUCAGGAGCAAGUCUGUCAACUAGCUUACCGUCAACUGUCUCACCCUCGCGUUUGCUACAGGCUAGCACCUUUCUAACUGCAUGCGAUACCCAGUAUUCCAUAACACCAUCCAGGGCUGUACAAGUUGGCCCGACAUUUACUUUGUCGAUGUACAUGCUCUUUACGAGUCACAUGCGGCCACACGACGAGGAGAGCAUCCGAGAGACAACUUGGAAAGAGGUGAUGCACAAGGCACGAGUCAAAUUGAGACGGGUACCAAUGGACGUCUUCUUCGGUCCAGAACAAGGGAAGAGAAAGCGAUCCCGUCUCCCCGCAGAGGCCAGAGCAGACGAGUUUGCAUACCAAAUUCUGAUCGUCGAAGACUUGGAUGAUGGCCGCGUGCAUACGUUCGACGAGAAAGGACCACAACCGGAAAGUUACGAGGGUGUGAGUCUCGCUGGUAUGCGGGAGAUUAUUCCUGUUCACCAGGUAUCGAAAAUCUUUUAUGCUGAUACCGGGAAAAUGCUCAACAUCGGCAGUGAGGCCGAGACGAACAGUCCGGUGUUGCUACUGAAACGCGACGUCAACGCAAUCCCGCCACGGCGCAUGGUAGAGAGAGAUGAAACAGAGUAUGAAGACUUUGAGCGAGACUCUGCAGAGGAAGAGGAGGAGGAGGAAGAAGAAGAUGACCUGCAAUCCCAACUCGACGCACAGCUGAAUGGGGACGUCAGUCUUUCCAACGAGCGCAGCUAUUAUGAGUCGUUGUCUGAGCGCCAGAUACCAGAAGCUUGGAGACUGCCCCCAGGCCUAGACCCGGAGUGGCUGGCAUUCGAGGUCUAUCAAGAAGAGGACGAGGAUGAGUCUGAAUCAGAGACGGAACCGCCGUCCCCACCACGGCAGGCCUCUCGUGAAAGCUCGGUCGAUCCGCAACUGAUAGCAAACCUAAGCAUCGACUCGAACGCAACACCGUCGAAAUCAUCACCGUCUCGGCGGGAUAAUCAAGUGUCUAUGGCGUCUGCAUCCGGGCCACAGGAUCUCACAUCGACCGUCUCGAAUCCUCUCUUCAGUAACAUCCGCACAUCUCUCUCGCUCCUCGAAAUGCUCCUCCGUCUUACGUCCCUGCAGCAGUUCCAGCAGCAGUCCCACCUGUCUAUCACAGACGAGCUGCUGAACUUCUUCCUCGAAGAGUCAUCCAGCACCGGCGCGGGCGGCGACGAGCAGCACCGUCAACGGCUCCGGGCCGAAGCCAGACGGAAAGUCGGGUGGGAUCCGUACGACGAGAGCCCACUGAAACCGCGCGGGGAGGAUUAUCAAUACCGGCACGGCGAGGACUGGAUUCGCGAGAGCACGCCGGACCGGUAUUACUAUGCUGGGGGAGACGGAUACACGCCGCUCCCACCAGAAGGACGACUUCCACCUGGAGAAGGGUACCAGAUCCGGUCACGAGAACAAACGCCGGAAUCUCCAGGGUUACCACGCGGAAAGCUUUCCUCACCUGGAGGGGGAGCGAGCAGACGCCCACCACCACCAGGAGCAGGAGCAGCAGCAGGUCGAAGAUAUCAUCCAGGACCCUCAUUUAGCAACGCAGAAGCCGCAAUACGCAGGGGAUCACCGCUGUCACGACGGCCGACAACCGCGGAGACGGACGAAGGACUCGGCACGAGUCCGGGCUCAUUACACACUGCAGCCAACACUACAGCCAAUACACCGGAGCACGCUGAAAAAUCGGCUGAUUCAGCAGCGGUGGACAGCAAGGCGGAGACAAACAAAUAA